UCUUUUGUAGAGAGUGAAUAAAUAUCGCAAAAUACACAAAAAUUGAUGCUCAAAGAAAAUGGGGAAAAAUCAAGCCUACAAAGCUAUGCAGAGAGGCCGGCUUGGCUCGACCUCAGCCGGGCCUGAAGAGGCUGAGGAUGGCUUGGUUGAUAGUUCAUUUCAUUCACCAGAGUGGCAUGCUGCUCGAUUGGCAAGUCUCAAAACUUCGCAUACAGUUACAUGGGAGGAGUAUAAAAAGAAACAGAAGGAAGAAGCGUUGAAAAAAGGAGAAUUGGAAGCAGAUAAAGACAGGAUGAUGAUUGAGUAUAGAGCUCAGCUGGAUGCUGAACGGGCACGUAAACUUGCUCGCGGGAGUAACUACUCAAGCAGCAAAGGAAGCCACAAAAAGGAUAAAAAGGAGAGAGAUUCGAGAAAGCAUAGCAGCAAGAAGCGGAAGCAUUCACGGAGAUCGUCAGAUUCUAGUUCAAGUUCAUCGGAAACAUCAAGCACUGACGAUGACGAGAGAGAAGCAAAAAGAUCGAGGAGAAGGAAGAAGGAGAAAAGGAAAAGCUCAAGAUCAAGAUCAAAGCACUCGAGCAAAGCAGAUAAAGAGGCUGAUGGCCCCUUGCCCCUUUCUAGAUUUUUUGGAAGCCUGAAAGGCUGAUAUAUUUGGUCAAGAUAUACUAUAUUUGUUUUAUCACUCUUAACACAAGAUUCCUUCAUCCCAUUUCCCUAUGUGAAGUACAUGUCUUGAAUGAUGUUGCAAAAUGUCUCUGCAUAUGACUCUCCCAUUUACUUA